GCACAGAGAUGUUAGGUGAAGUUUUCAGUCUUAUAUCAUCGCAAGCAGCAUCGUCAAUACUAAGCUUUCAGAAAAUAACGCAAGCAGCAUGACUCACGUGACUGUCCUAUUCUUCGCCGUCUUCAUGUUUUUGAGCACCGAGUACAUCGUCCAUGCAAGGCCGACCCCCCCGACAAACACAUCAUCGCCCGUACUGGUCGUACCCGGUGAAUGUGAGGUGUUUCCCCCAGGAGAGUGCCAAACUGAAAUUACCUCAGACGAAUGCGAAAAUGACCAACAGUGCCAAGACAUUUAUCUAGAUUAUCCAGGGUUGAAAUGCUGUAAAAACUACUGCGGGAUUCGAGUCUGUGACCUUCCUUUUAAGAUCCCGGCCAUCAAUGUGAUAUCAUACGAAGUUAAAGAAGUGGUWUAUACUGAGUUCGUGUGCCCAGAAGUCAUCCCACAGCCUGAAUGCCCACUGGAAGCAGAUUUGGAUAACGAGUGCGACCAGGACAACGAGUGCAGUGCAGGUUACAAGUGUUGUACGGAUUUCUGUGGUGAAAGAUAUUGUGAGAUGCCCGUCAGUYGGGUUGUUAAUCAGUUGACUAGCGGCCCUUUAGGGGAUCCAAAACACUCAUUAGGCUGAGGGCGAGUUGACAGUAUUUCCAGUGAUCUUUGAAAAAGACUAUAAAUAUCUUAGAGUAAUCAACAUUUUGAAAUUUUCACAAAAGUAUCUUUACUUGACUUUGGAUAAUGAGCAGAUGCUAUAAAGUUGGUAUUAAAUUUCAUUGUUUCCACAUUCAUAAGAUAUCCUCUUGUAAAAUAAUUAUAUUUUAGUCUCAGACUAAUGAUGGUAUAUCACAAAUCCUGCACUCUGAUUGGCUGAGCUACUGUGGUAUAUUAGUGAUAGACCACUAAAUACGAAAAAGUGCCAGUUUUGAAAACCAAAACAAUGGUGGCUAACUUGUUUUCAUCUUAAUUUUGAAAUAUAACCAUUAGAGAGAGAGGUGUAAUUAUUCUAAUAGUCAUUCUAAAUGUCUGUUGCUCAUGAAACUGACUCUUCACUGUGUUCAAGAGGUUCUCUUGCUCCGGUGUUUCUCCAUCAUAGGAUUUGACCAAGAAGCACUGGAGCAAAACACCUUCUACCAUGUGUAAAAACAUCGUGACAUUGCAUAAUCAAAAAUGUAAAUUAAAAAUACUAAGCCUUGUGUGAAAAA